GUAAGCUCUUCUCUUCAUUUUUGGCGCUGUGUUAUUGCUUGCAUCUGUAGUUGCAAAUGGGUGUCUUUCGUUUCAUUGAUUUUAUCCGAAAAUUUUCGUCUUUUGAUCUUCAAUUUUGGAAGAAACCUUACGAAAAUUGACAGAUUAUGAAUCAUGAUUUGUGGGAUAAUGAGUCCGAUCUCUUUAUUUUAUCGCCAUCAUUAGAGAUUUCUGGGGGUUAGUAAAAAAGUUAUCUUUAUACUCAUUUCAGUCGCAAACGAAAUCAAAGAGUUGUGCCCAUGGAUUGCUCUGAAAUGGAGGAAGAGUAUGAUUCCUCGCAAUCGAAGUUACUUGAAGAUUUCAUGAUAAAGAUUGGGUUUUCAAAUCCGAAGCUGGCAAUGUUUGCUAUGAGUCAAGCAAACCUUUUAGCUAACAAAAGGAGAAAGUUUCUAUUAUCAACUCAAAUCUCCAAAGAACGUAGAGAGUCUGUGAGAUCCCACUGGGCACCGUUUCCCAUUGAGAUGUGUCUAUCAGCUUUCACUCUAUCUCCCUCAGCUCUAAAGCUCCUUGUAGUUCGAAACUCUGAAAAUGAACCUCCUACACAGUUUGAGGUAUGGAGCUCGUCUCCACAGAGAGUUCAUGGCUCUGUAUAUGUUGAUGGAUGGUUUGAAGGGAUCUCUUGGAACUCUGAUGAGACUCAUGUAGCUUAUGUUGCAGAGGAACCUUCUCGUUCUAAACCUACAUUUAACCAUUUAAGGAGACGAUUGGGGAAGCUGGAAAGGUCAAGGAGUUUGGGAAGAGGACUGGGGAGAAGCAUAUGCUGGAAAAAAUAGCAGAUUCCGUUGUUUGUUAUCGAUGUUUACAAGUCUCUACUAACCUUGAGAAAGAAAAAUGUUCUCUUUAAUGAUGGGUUAGACUUUCUGUGAAAAGGCUUCUACUUUUGAUUUCACAGUGGAGGUGUCCAACAUAUUAAAGGAGUUUCAAGAACUUUAAGGGCUGGACAAGUUAUUUGGAGUCCAAUCAAUGAAGAUUCCAAGAUGAAUACUUUGUGGCAUUUCUUGAUGGAAACUUGAGGAUUCUUAGUUUUUAAAUGGUCUUAUGUUUUCUUUGGUGUUUGCUUAUCAUACAGAAAUGGUGAAAAUGAAGCAUAGUCCCAUUUAUAAUCUGACAAAGAGCAUAAGCAGUGGUUUCUCCCCUCGGUUGCCGUGUGUAGCAGUCCAGUGAGUGUUCCUGAAAUUAAGUAGGGGAGGAGAAAGCUCAACAACACAUCUGGUAAACUUUCAUGGCAGUGGUUGGAUACUUCAAGUCAUCUCAGGGGUCAAGAAAGCCAUUAAAGUUAUCUAUGUAUCGUCUUAUAAGCUUAAGAAGAGCGGGAAAUGUGAUCCUCUAGUCGUUGUUAUUCAUGGAGGUCCUCAUUGUCUCCAACAAAUGGCUUAUCUCACCUCGACUGGGAACAGUCUGUUGAUUGUAAAUUACAGGUGAAAACUCCUACUUUGUUUCGUUUGGGAGUUAAGGAUAUUCGUGUUACAGUGUCAAAUGGAUUGCAAUCCUCUCGUAGAGAAAAAAACUCAAUAGCUAAGAUGAGAGCAUUGUAAGAGAAACAUGAGAGCUUGUAAGAGAAAGGAGUAGAGAUUAACAAUUAAAUUUCUGAACUCUUCUUUGCUAUUUUCAUUGCACAUUUGUGUGUGUGCAGACCACAGAAAAAUUUUGAAAGCUUUGUGAACAUCGGUUGCUUGUUCAACAAGUGGUGUUAGGCUGUGAACGAGCCCUAACUUUUCUCUCUUAAUCUCCGGAAAUAACGG